GUCACAAAACCUUCACCUGAAUCUCAGUGAAAAUCGAUAAUGGAAUACAUUGCAGAGGUAGUUGAAGAUUCUCAAAUGGAAAUAGAUCAACAGAAGGAGGAGGAGGAAGAAGAUCCUUUUCUCAAUUUCGUUGAUGAAGCAAGAUCCGAGCUAUUAUCGCUAGAAGACAAUUCAAGUAAAGACGAUUCCGAUUCAUCUGGAUAUGGCUGGAGCUGGAUCGUAUCUCGCAUUCUCAAGACUUGUAUUGCUUAUUCAAGCGGUGUUACUCCUGCAAUUUUGCUUUCUGAACUCUCUCAGGCAUGGAGUGAGCAACGCAGGGUUGCGGUGCCGAAGAAGAGACUUGAAUUAAUUAACAGUCUUAAGAAAAAUAAUCGGAGGAUAAAGCUUCCGAACACGGUUACCAUUGAUUCUAUUUACGAGAAAAAGUUCAUUGCCUUGAACAGUGUUUUGGAAGCUGUUAUUAUUGAUGCUUAUGUACUUCCAGGCACAAACAUCCACAUGCUUACAUUAGGGGAUUAUUGGAGCUCUAAUAUAAUAGAUCUCUAUCUACACCGUAGGUUCUACGAAUUGGCAGGCUUGCCAAGUGGAAUUCUGAAGAAAGGUAGGGAGGUUUUCCUCACAGGCUGCUACCUCCGAACUGCCAAUGAAAGUUCCGGUCAUCCGCGUCUUUUGCCUACAGAAUAUCUUGUGAUUCUAUUGGAUGAGAAUCAGGAUGAUGAUGCAAUGCUGCUAGGAGCUCAGUUUUGUUCCGAUUCAUUCUCUUCAAUUUCUCUAGAUGCAGUAAACAAAGGGGAUUCUUAUUCACUUUAUGCCAGGAUUGAAAACAUUGAAUCUAAGGAAAUUCGAGGGAGGUUUGGGACCUCAAAAAGAAAACAGAUUACUCUUGUUGAUGGUGAUGGUGUCACAUUAAAGUUUUUCUUGUGGGGUGAGCAGAUUAUCCUUGCCAAUCUUUUCAGAGUAGGAAGCAUGCUUGCCCUGGACAAACCAUACGUUGCAAGUUCUGCAGAGUGUGAUAUUGAAACAAGCGAGGAACUUUGCCUUGAAUAUGGAAGUGCAACACAAUUAUAUUUAGUGCCUUAUAUUCAACAUGAAGAACAGGUGUGCGUAGCAAUGACACCAAACCGCCAUCAAGGUUCAAGGCAAAUGGGUUUGGAUAAUCCCACACAGGGUCUCAGGUUCUCUCAAGUGAGCUUGCCUUGUGAUUCUCAGGGCACCAUUGAUUUCAGCAAUUAUCCUUUACGGUCAUUUGUGGCCGACCUUCGUGACAAGAUGACUGGCAUCAGCCUCUAUGGUGUUGUGACAGAAAUUAUGAAAGGAGAUAAUAACCAAGAAACUGUUUUUUCUUUAAGAAUUGCCGAUACUAGCGGAGAAAUCAGGGCAAAGCUUCAUUUUACUAGAUUUUGGUCAUUGGGAAGAGUGAGUCUCGGUCACACUGUAUUUAUAUCUGGUUUGAAAUGCACCUCGCGAAAAGGUCAAAAACGUCUGGAAUUAUCAUGGUUUGAGAAUGGUACCGGGGCUUCUUUCAUCAAUCUCAGUUGUUUACCAGCAUUGAUCAACUCACGUUGCCUUUAUAAAUUAUUCAAACUCUCUGACAUUUCUAACCAGUCUAGCUAUGCACAAGUUUGCCGAAUCUGGCUUGUUCCAAACGAAUAUUAUUACGUGAAUACAAGAUUUUCACAUUCUCUCUGCGGUCACUUUGUCGACAAGAAACCCGGUGGUUUUGUAGAAUGCAGUUUCUGUCAUAUAAUUUCCGAUGCAGAGGUUGUACGCACUUUCCAUUUGAAAAUUACCCUUGCAGAUAAGAGUAGGAAAGUUUUAGCAUGGUGCACUGGUCAAACUGCUAUGGAUUUGUUGCAGAUAUCUCCUGAAGAGUUCUAUGACCUUCCUGAGGACGAACAAUUGAUGUAUCCCUCGUCGUUAGAAAAUGAAAAGUUUAUGGUUGCAUUGGUAAAUUGUAAGCCAGAAGGCUGUGUGUCAUAUGACCUUUUGCCGGAUGAUUCAGUUUUGUGGGAAAUCACUCGUGCAUACAAGUAUGAAUAAUUAAUCGCAGAUGCACAUUUGGGUGCCCUUCAGUUGUAUAGACAAAGGGCAGUAGAAUCGCGAGGUAACUUUUAAAUCGCAUUAAUGCAUUUCCAUUGGCGAUUGGUGAAGAGUCGCCCAUUUUGAGACUAAGUCAAACAGCACAACAUAACAAGUAGAAACAGCAAAUGGUGUCCAAAGAGGAGAAAAAACUCUUAAGCAACCAGUGAGGACCAUAGAGCUCAUCCACAUUGUAUUGGAAGGUAAGUCUAUUGAUGGUCAGCCAUUUUAGUCUGGGAAAAUUUUGAGUAAAAUUAUAACAAUCUUAAUUUAAAGUAGUGAUCUCCAAAAGCUUGAAAAUACAUUCGAGUUGCACUACUAAGAUUUUGUUGUACAAUCUUUAAAAAAAUAAAUUUUGUUGUACAAAUGCUUAUGUCUCCAUUUAUAGAGCUUUAGGCCUAUGUAGUGUUCCUUACAUGAAAUCUACAUUUAUAGUCAAUGUAUAAAUUUAUGUUAUUUGUUACUAUUAAUAAUUAUUUUUAUUGUUUGAUCUUA